ACAAAUAUACGUACGAUAUCUUAAUAUUGUACGAAUAUUCGUACGAUAUCUAGAAUAUUCGUACGAUAUCUUGUGCUGUUAAGAUUACUUAUACAUUUUCUUUGUCGUUUGAAAACAAAUAAAAGUAUUUUAUCGGUAUUUCCUGUAUAGCUGCUCAAGAGAGAAAUUACAUAGGUACAUAUUUAUAUUUAUAUUUAUAUUUAUAUUUAUGUAUUUAUUUUUUAAAGACUAUAUAGAGUAAACUUAAGUAGACUAUCCGUAGGAAAUACCGUUUCUCGAUUGGAAACGGGUAAAGGCACUUUAAUUGGAGAAAUGGUGGUCAGUAUCUCGCCACGCCUCACACUCCUCUCUUUUCCUUCCUUUCUCUGUUGCGCGUUUGGUAUAAAAAUAACUAACAGAUGUAAGCGACACGACCGUACUCCCGAGCGCCUUUCGUUCUAAGUAACGUUAAAGGUGAACAGCCUUUUUAAUAGGGUUACACACGUCAGAAAUAUAUAAUUUAUAAUUCUAUCGCACAUAUUUAACAUAUUUGAGAUAAAAGGAAAGAGAGAGAGAGAGAGAGAAAGAGGGGAGACGAGAAGACCGCGAAAGAUGUAUAGCGCACAGAAAGCUUCUUUCACAGAGCUUGCAAUGAUACAAACUAGAUUAAAUCGAAAAUAAUCGCGUAUUUAUUUCACAAUGUUUAUAACAUGCCUAGUAACGAUUUACGAAGCAAGAACGUCGCGAUAACGAAAAUCAUAUAAACGAUGCUUUUCAACGAUCGUCCCAGUAAUCGGUCUCUUAUCAUCGAGGUGUGACAAACAGUCGCGUGCAUAACAGCUAGAAUUAUACCCGUCUCAGCGAUUUGAAACAAAGUUUAUAAGAGUAUUAUUAUUGCCUCUGUCGUAAGGAACAAAGUAAGAGCAACAUCCGGUCGAUCUCCGCGCGAGAGACAGAGACAGAGACAGAGAGAGAGAGAUGGCAAGCGCCGAGGACAUCCGAGAAAGAGAGAUGGCAGACGAGAAAAUUAUGUUCGAACGGUUGCACGAUUAUUUACGUGAAUAUGCGAAAACCAUCAAGCUGGCGGCUCCAAAAAUUCACGUAACCGAGGGCACCAAUAAAGGCGACAAUUACGUUAGCCUCGUUUGUCGCGGCACGAUCGAGGGGAUCGAGGAUGGAAUCGAGGCCAAGAGACUCGAGCUUAUUCUCAAAACUACGCGGACGUACCUCUCCGAGGAGGUUUUGAGUGACCAAAGCGUCACACCGUUGUUCCAGCGCGAGGCAUUUUUCUAUCAAGAGAUACUGCCGAUCUUCAAAGAGACCAUGAAGGAACGCGGCGGGAUGGCCGAUCGCUUCCCCGUUUUAUUGGACUAUAACGAUGCAACUGGAAAAGAGAUACUGAUGUUCGAAAGUCUAACGCCCCAAGGUUUCGUGAUGUCGGAGACAAAAAUUAUGGAUUACCCGCAUGCCAGCUUGGCGAUAAAAUGCCUAGGUGAAUUUCACGCGUAUAGCUUCAUUACGCGCGCGGCAAAUCCGGCGGGCUUCGAGAAAUUGAGGCAAAUGAAGGAUCCCAUAUUUCAACAACCAGAUGAAAACGGUGAACCUACAUCAAAAUUAAAUCGAGAUAAAAUGGAACAUAAAACAAAAAUAUUCGUCGAAGCCAUAUUUAAGGUUUUAGCAAAUGAAGACAAACAUUAUAUAGAAAGAUAUCAACAAUUCAUAGAAAAGAGUCAACAGCACUUGUAUGAUGUAACCGAUGGAAAAGCUGCUGAGCCAUACGCUGUUGUAAACCAUGGUGACUCUUGGACUAACAACAUGCUUUUCAAAUACGACCAAGAGAAAAAUCCGUACGACUUGCGUUUCGUAGACCUUCAGAUCUGUCGUUACGCAUCUCCCGUUUUAGAUCUACUUUAUGUAUUUUUUUGUUGCUGCACUCAAGAAACAAGGAGUAAAUAUUAUGAACAACUAAUAGACGAAUAUUACGAAAAAUUAUCCAAUACUAUCGAAAAAGCUGGUUACGAUCCCAGUCUACUUUUUCCUUACGAGGCAUUAUCACAACAUUUGGCCAAAUUCGGGAAGUAUGGAGCAAUAAUGGCUACUUACACUUUACACAUAUUUACUAGUAAUGAUAUGGACUUGAAAAAGGCAUAUGACGAAGACUUGCUCCGAGAUAGAGCAGAAAAUGACAGCGUUUUUAAAAGUAUGGUAAGAGGCACUUUUAAAGAUCUUAUUGAUAGAAAUUAUAUAUAAAUGAAUAUUUUCACAAUAUAUACACAUUGCAAUACAAAAAAGGGGGAAAGCACGGGAUUGUUAGAAAAUGCUUUGUAUCAACCUAACUUAGAAAUGAAUCUAGCUAAAUUACACAUGUACAUACAAACCUACCUCACUGGGUUAAGAAAAUUUCAUUAGUAAAGAUUUAUAUAAACAUAAUUCAUAAAAAUUGUGUAAAUAUUUGUUUUUAUGCUUCUGUAGUUUCGUACAUAAGUUUUGCUGUAACAAAUAGAAAUGUAUUAAAAAAGUAAUACUCUAAAUAAUUGUCUUUGUAAAAAUUUCAUUACUUCAGCUACUAAAGAAAGAAUAAUGCGCGACUAAAGUACAAAAAAUUAAUGAUAACGAUUGCAUUUAGAAAAAGGCGAAAAUUGUAUAAGAGAUAUAUUUUAAAAUGAAAUAUACAAUUUCAAAUAUACAAAAUAAAGGCAAUCUACUACAUUGUUCUGUAAUAAAAGGAAUAUUAGUUUAGUGAUAAUAUAUUUUAGCUUUUAGUAAUAAGGUCUUCUUGGAUUAUUCUGAAAAAAAAAAUGUAAUAAUUAAAACAACAAGUAGAUAUUUUCUACUUAUAAAUGUC